AUGGGAGACAACCACAACGUCGGCGACUCUGCUUACGAGUCGCUCGGCGAUGAUGCGUUCUCGCGGACCAUCGACAAACUCCGCGAGCUCGGCAUCGCCGACCUGGUCCCCCUUCCGCAACUUGUUAUGGUCGGUGACCAGUCUUCGGGCAAGAGUUCUGUCCUGGAGAGCGUGACAGGCUUCGCCUUCCCUCGCGCUCCCGAGCUCUGCACCCGCUACGCGACCCAGAUCACUUGUCGCCGCGAUGAUUUCGAGAGUGCAAACGAAGCAAUGGGACUUCGCGGUGUUAAUGAUGGAGAUGGUUCGAAGCUUUCGACCUUUGCCGAAGACAUUCUCGAGAUUGAGAUCAACGGCCCAGACCAACACCACUUGACCGUCAUUGACGUCCCGGGUAUUUUCCGCACGUCUACAAAGGGCCUGACCACCGAUAAUGACAUUGUCAUCGUCAGGAACAUGGUCAACAGAUACAUCAAAGAUCAGCGCACCAUCAUCUUGGCAGUCAUCCCUUGCAAUGUCGACAUUGCGACGCAGGAGGUUCUCACCCUUGCCGAAGAGGUUGAUCCAGAGGGACUUCGAACCAUGGGUGUUCUUACCAAACCCGAUCUUGCCACCGAGCGCGCCACUCAGCAGAUCGUAUGCGAGCUUGUUGAGGGUGAACGCCACUCCCUGCGCCUCGGAUACUGCGUGGUGAAGAACCUCAGUGCGGAUAAUAGCACCUCGACAAUGACUGAUCGCAACUCAUCGGAGAAGGCGUUCUUCUCUGCUAGUCCUUGGUCCAGACUCAGAUCGACGAACCGGGUUGGCGUUGGCAGCCUCGCUAUCCGUCUGCGUGACUUGCUGCGCGACCUCUCCAAGAAGGAAUUCAAUAACGUCAAGGCCGAAAUCCAGCGCAUGCUUGACGAGAGUGAGACCGAACUCAAGCGUAUGGGACCUUCACGGUCUCGACCGGAUGCUCAGAGAAGAUACCUUGGCCGGAUUGCGUCAGAUUUCCAGGAGGCCGCUCUCCGAGCUCGCGACGGACAUUACGAUGGAAUGGACAUGUUCGGCCAGGACGUAAGGUUUCGACUCAUCACACGCAUUGUCAAUCUGAAUGAGACUUUCAAUAAGGUCUUCACCUUGUAUGGUCAUACACUACAGUUUGACGGGCAAGACCAGGAGAAAGUCGGUCCUGGCUCUGUGUUGAAUCUGAAUAUGGGCCCGAAGUCAGGUCGUUCCGUCAGCGAUAUGCUGGAGCAUAUGGAUUUUCAAUGCCCCAAGCCGUUAGAUGACUCGCUUUUGAGCCGCAUCGAAGCUCUAUUCCACCGAUCUCGCACCGCCGAAAUUGGCUCGUUCCCAGGCUCAUUGCUAGCUCAGGCCUUCAAAGAGCAGACACAGAAGUGGGAGCCACUGGUCUUGAAAUAUGUUAGCCAGGCGAUCGUAAUCGUCCAAGAGUUCAUUCUCAGGACACUGCGACUCAAGUGUACCGACAGAAACACAUUUGAAAUGUUGCAUGACCACCUUCUGUUGCCCAAGCUCCGUGCAGCUUAUCAGCGAGCUUUAGAUCACGCUCACUUCCUCCUUGAAGUCGAGCUUAGCGGACAGCCCUACACCAUGAACCAUUACUUCAACAGCAAUCUUCAAGUGUCGCAGACCACUAGACUCCAGGAAGCGAUUAACAAGGCCGUUGGCCCGGCGAGCGUCUACAACGCCCAUGGCACUGUUGCAAGGCGGGCGCCUGGAUAUCUGGGAGCGAACAACAACGGGAACCCCUUCGAUUUUACCACUCAACAAAACACCGGGUCUUCCGGAGCUGCAGGCUGGUGGGUGUCAAAGUCGACGCUCUCCAAGCUCACAACCGAUCGCUCCAACGCUGAGCAGGUCAAAGAGGAUGUCCAUGACACCCUCCGUAGCUACUACAAGGUCGCUCGGAAGCGAUUCGUUGAUGUUGUGCUGCAGCUGGUCAUCUUUCACUUCUUGCUUGAUUCCAAGACUGGCCCUCUCAAGAUCUUCACCCCUGACCUGGUCAUGGGCUUGGAUGACAAGCAGCUACAGAUGAUUGCCGGAGAGGAUACGGCGACGCGGGUUAGACGCGAGGUUCUUACUCGAAACGUUGAGAACUUGAAGCCGUAUGUCUGGCGAUUUCCAGUCCCGAAAAACAUGAUUUGCUUGGUGGAUAUGUUGUCUUCGUCGUUGCUGUUGCUGUGGUGGUUGUGGUUGUGAGACUGUCCGGUACUAGCAUAGCGGUGUGCCGGGGCGAAGAACAAAUUAGCCGUAUAAAUUAUUGCAUUCCCUAGUGCGUACUCACGCAAUUCAGAGAAGAACGAGUUGUACUGCCUAGUCCAG